CGAUGAUGUUUUUAAAUAUGAUAUCAGUUGUUUUGAAUCCAGAUAGAAUUGUUUAAAUUAGAGUUUGACAUCAAUUUAGUACAUAGCCAGUAUGAAACUACCUUACACAUUCACUGGUCAGAGGGUUGUUAAAUUGGUAUUUAUCAUGGAAUGCUAUAUAUUGGAUGUAUCUUGAGAUUAGCCAUAUCAGUAUGUGGCAACAAGAAGUCAUGACCCACAGAUUAGUCAUGAGAUUUUGUUGGGGUCACAAAAUUGCAUAUUUAUUUCCAGACUUUACGUUUGUGUGUUUAUAUUCUAACAUAAAGCAUAGAGUAUAGUUGUGACUUAUUUAUGAAACACACCUGGUUUACCUAUUUAAAACAAUGGGAGGUGGCACCUUAUAUUGUGAUCUGGAUUGUGAUAAUGUAAAGCAUGAAGUAUAGUUGUGACUUAUUUAUGAAACACAUCUGGUUUACCUAUUUAAAACAAUGGGAGGUGGCACCUUAUAUUGUGAUCUGGAUUGCGAAAAAUGUGCUAUCUUUAAAAAGUUUGCCUUAAAUAAAAUGGAAACAUGGUUCCCGCUUAUAUUAGGGCUUUUAUUUUGAAGUCUACUUUUUGAUCGCGUUUCAACGGCCUCAUAUUCGGUUCACGCGGCUGUGCCGUCCCGUCUUUUCCUCGCGGAUGUAGCCCUCGUUGCCUCGGCGAGACAGGCGAGUGGUGAUGCGGCUGAGUUUCGCGGCGGAGCGAUCUGCGCGACGACAAAGAGAUUAGACGUUAGCAGCGGCGGCAGCGGCGAGGUCUCAUUACACAGGGACGCAUGUUUUAACAUGGUCGAAACAAAAGCGUGAGGAGCGGUAGGCCCGUCGUCAAAAAAGCGACACCUUCAGUUAAACCUUGUGUAGUCGUUCACAGUAACUUUAAGUUGAAUUGUAGGCUACUCGCGUGGGAAAUGGAGAAGAAAAGAUGGGAUUGCACUGCUCUCCCCAAGGGCUGGAAAAUGGAAGAAGUGACCAGAAAGUCGGGUUUGUCCGCUGGAAAAAGCGAUGUCUAUUACUUUAGUCCGUCUGGGAAGAAGUUUCGGAGCAAGCCUCAGCUGGCCCGUUACCUUGGUAACCAGAUGGACCUCAGCUCCUUCGACUUCCGUACGGGAAAGAUGCUGAUGAGCAAGCUGAACAAGAACCGCCAGAGACUGCGAUACGAUAACAACAACCAGAACAAGGGCAAACCUGAUCUGAACACAUCACUGCCAGUCAGACAGACAGCCUCCAUCUUUAAACAGCCUGUUACCAAGGUUACCAACCAUCCCACCAACAAAGUGAAGACGGAUCCUCAAAAAGCCGUAGACCAGCCCAGACAGCUCUUCUGGGAGAAGAAGCUCAGUGGUCUUAGUGCUUACGACAUCGCAGAGGAACUCAUGAAAACAAUGGAGUUGCCUAAAGGCCUGCAAGGAGUUGGCCCAGGCUGCACAGACAAGACUCUCUUGUCGGCUAUCGCAAGCGCUCUCCACACCAGCGCUGCUCCCAUCACUGGUCAGCUGUCUGCUGCUGUGGAGAAGAACCCGGGUGUGUGGCUCAACACGACACAGCCGUUAUGCAAGGCUUUUAUUGUCACCGAUGAGGACAUCAGGAAACAGGAGGAGCUGGUGUACAGUGUGAGGAAAAAGCUGGAGGAGGCGCUGAUGGCUGACAUGUUGGCCCAUGUAGAGGAGGCUGCCAACGAUGGGGAGGCUCUAAAGGAGGAAGGCAACAGCAGUGAAGACAUGGAGAGCGUAUAGCACAGGGAUUUGUAAAGUCUGGUGAGGCUUGUUUAACAUCUGCACACACACACUUGACUAUGAACAGAAGGAGCCCUUCACCAGUGAAGUCCUGAAGAGCUGACCCCAAGUAUCUGCGUCCCAUUUCAACCACAACCUGACUUAGACACAGUACAACCAUAAGAAGUGAGUCACCAACAUGUCCAGGCUUCAUUAAUAACAUCCUCCGGGGUGAAGGACUCCAUGACUGCAGUACCCAUGAAAAGACUUAGUUUUUUUUUGUUUUGUUUUUUAAUUAAAUAAUGGCAUCAAAUGAACUUAACUUAUCGACAGUGUGUAAAAUUCUGUUUUUGGUGACAAGUGUAUUUUUUACUAAAAGGCUUUGAAUGGAUUUGUAGUUUUUGUGACAAUCAUGUCAAAUCCAAACAUUUUAGUCCAUGAAAACGUUCAUUUGGGUGUUUGUUUUUUUGUUUGUUUGGGGGUAAAUUUGAAAUGAAUGGUUUGUAUAUUUUGGUAUCUCUGUCUCUCUGAUUUUUAAGAUGUCCUCCAUGAGUAUUUUGACAAAACAAACACUCACAGAAACCAUCUGAGGUUUUUUAGAACACGAGGGACUUGAGUUAGUAUGAAUCAGUUUCAGGGUCAACCUGUCGGCUGCUGGUGUCACUGAUGUUGUAGUUUGAAGCUUGUGUACAUCCGUUGGAGGGGACUUCGUCAACUUUUUUAUUGAUGGUAGUUUCAAGGAAAUAUGUUACAUGUCACCUAUGUUAUGUGAGUCAUGUUCAGUAUUGACCAAAGAGAAGGCUUGUCAUUUUCAAUGGCUGUUGUCUUUUUGUCUGUAUUUUAAAACUAAGACUUAAAAAAAAAUGAACUUGAGCACAACAGAAAAUAAAUGACCUGACGCCUCUUUCUAUUGUACAACUUGUACUGCUUUUAACUCAUCGUGUACGUAAGUGCUCACUGAUGUUGUGGAGUGCCAACUAAGGCUUUGUUUUAAGCGUGUCAAUAAUGGUAUCGCACACUUGCUGCCUCCUCGAAAAUUCCCACGCACAAAAUUGGUGAGACGGCAAAUGACAGUUCAGGUUUAGUCUUAAUGUCUUUUCAUUUAUUAUCCGAGUAAUCAUUUUUAAUUUUAUUUUGUAUCCCUGUAUUUCAAGGCUUGAUGGUGAAUAAUGUUAUUCGUCGUCAAUCGAUUCCCCUCUCAAUUAUCAGCAGGCUGAUUGCUGAAAUGAAUUUGAUUGUAUUACUUAUUAAAAUGAGUUGGUAUGUCAUUA